GGAAGAUUGACUUCACACUGUGUUAGAAUUUUUUAACAGUCGCAUGGAUGCCCAAAGAAUGGAUGGUGGAUGGUCAGUCAAUGAAGUACUCCAAGUGGUAAUUGUAAACUGUCGAUCUUGGCGUGUUGAUGGGAUGAAGAUGUUUACUCAACUGCACUUCACAUAUGAACAAGAGAGUCACCCAGAGGAGUUCUUCAUCCCAUAUGUCUGGAAGCUAGUACUCUCCAAAUGUGAAUUUGAAUUCAAUGCAACAGCUAUAAAUUUGUUUCCAGCUGAUAUACCUACCAAAAAACUUGACAAUAAGGUGGAAGGAAAUACAUUCCAAAACAGUGACUUUGACGAAGUCUGAGUAUCAGCUUGAUCCGUUGCCAAGUACUCCAAUUCUGUUUGUGAAUAUUUGUAUAGAUAAAUUAGUUACAAAAAUGUAAUGUUCUCAUUCUUUUUUGUUCAUAAAUUUUGAGUGUAAUUGUUCACUCCUGAAGAUGAAAGUGGUUUGAGAUAUCCAUG